AACAAUGUGACUAUGCUUUACUUCUAUCUUCAUAUUUUUCAUAAUUCUGCUUUGCUAAGAUUCGUAUAGGAUACAACUACGUGCACCUUAUCAGCAACGGCCUUGAGUGUGGUCGGACGGACACGAUAAAUGCACAGGCACGACCGUCUCGAGCCGCAUUAAUCGCCUCCAUCGAGUGACAUGCAGACACAAUUCAUGCACACACACUACUGUAUCGAGCCGCAUUCGAGUGACAUGAGCUUGCGUUGCAGACCUGCAGAAAAGGAGGAAGGGUUUUUUUUAAUUAUUUGAAAAAGAAUUUCCUUUUUAUUUUGUAUUUUUUAUUUCAUUUUUUAUAUUUAUAAAAAGUUUUUUUUAUUGGUCAUAAGUGUUUCCGUCAUUAAAGAUGACGGCGCAUCACCCAGCUUCGGUACAUAUUCUAUAUAGCUUUUGAAGGAACUUCGACACCUCGCAGCAAACACUUAUCCCCUCUGUUCCUUACUGCUACAAGAAGCCAGCCUCCAACAGUGGUACCAGAGCGCACAUCCGACGCUGAUCCCUGCAAAGCACCGGAAAGCAAAGAGGCCAGCCUCCAGCAAAAGCGUGAGCAUGGAGAGCUUCUCUAUCUUUCUUGCCUUCCUCUUCGUCACUAUCUCCUUAGUUUUCCUCCUCCUCAAGCUCCUAUCUUCGAAGGGGAGUGACAAACGCAAAGGUCGUCCCCUCCCACCCGGACCUUCAUCCCUGCCCAUCAUCGGUAACGUCCACCAAUUGGGCUUCAUCCUUGCCUACAUUGUGCCUGCCCUUCGCAGGUUCCGCGCCUGCCACGGGCCAGUCUUCCGCGUCUAUCUCGGGAAACGAAUAAUGAUCUUCAUAGCCAAGCAUGAACUGGCCCACCAAGCCCUGGUCCAGAUGGGCACAGCCUUGGCUGGACGGCCUCCUACCCCUGCCUCUUUACGCGUCUUCAACACCAACCAGCACAACAUCAACUCUGCCAACUAUGGCCCCUUGUGGCGCCUCUUUCGCCGCAACCUCAUGGCAGGGACUCUCAGCCCAAGUUGGACCAAGCACUUUUCUGAGGGUCGGCGGUGGGUGAUGGAUGUGUUAACAGACAAGCUCAAAGACCGGGCUGAGAGCAACGGUGGGGUGGUAACGCCCAUCGAAAGCUUUCGUUAUGGCAUCUUCUGCUUGCUCUUCUUCAUGUGUUUCGGCCAGAAGUUUGAGGAGGUCGACGUCCAGAAGGUAGGAAGGAUGUUGCGCAACCUGCUCCUUAGCUUAAGCCGGUUUAACCUACUGGGCAUCUUCCCCAGGCUUUCAAAGAUAUUCCUCUGGAGACGAUGGCGUGAUCUCAAGGAGAUCAGGCGCAACGAAGAGUUAACGUUGCUGCCCUUCAUCAGGGCCCGCGCGACUAUGGUGAAGAAGAAUAGUUGCUGCUACGUGGACACACUCCUCCCUCUAGAGCACCCCGAGGGAAGACGACUGAGCGAAGGGGAAAUGGUGACGCUCUGUGCUGAGUUCCUCAUGGCCGGCACGGACACGACAUCGACGGCACUACAGUGGGUGAUGGCCAACUUGGUGAGGAGCCCCAGGGUUCAAGCCAAGCUUUAUAAUGAGAUCAGGAGCAUCGUGGGGGAUCGUGAGGAGGUGACAGAAGAGGAGCUACAGCAGAUGCCUUACCUCAAGGCAGUGAUCCUCGAAGCGUUGAGGAGGCACCCACCGGCGCAAUUGCUGCUACCCCAUGCAACCACCGAGGAGGACGUCAGCAUCGCUGGCUAUCAGAUACCAAAGGAUGCAAUUGUGAACUUCAUGAUCGGGGAUAUGGGGUUGGAUGAAAAGGUGUGGAGAGACGCCAUGGAGUUCCGACCAGAGAGGUUCAUGCCGGGAGGGGAAGGAGAAGAUGUGGACAUCACUGGCACUAGGGAGAUCAAGAUGAUACCAUUUGGUGCAGGUAGGAGGAUAUGCCCUGGGAUGGGGUUGGCGGUGCUGCACCUCCAGUACUAUGUGGCCAACUUGGUCCGCAAGUUCCAAUGGCUAGUCGUGGAGGGUGAAGAGGUAGACCUAACUGAGAAGGUUGAGUUAACCGUGGUGAUGAUGCACCCACUUAGGGCACGCCUUGCCCCUAGAGGCCAAAUUGGUGCCACACCAUAGACACAUCCGCAGAGAUCGGAAGAGAGACCUGGAAGCCCAUGUAUUUUUUAUUAAAGGUAUGGUUUACAUUGUGUUGUCUCUACGUGGUGUUAUAAAGCAGUCAGUGCAUUUGUAUUCAUGUGUUGGGAACGGGGGUGCCGGUUGGCAAACCUCCCUUUAUGUACUUGCUACCAGCCCAAAAUUGUUGUGUUUUGUAUAUGCAUGGUUUAAUUGUUCUGGUCCAA